AUGCCGGUCAUUCCGCCCCGCCUUGUCGUGCCGGUAGGGCUUCUGCGUACCUUAGCGCAGCCCCAGCCAAGACCCCUUAUCACCAUCUCCCGCCGACUGCAGUCUACCCAUGCCCACAGUCGUUCAACCAACACCCCAAACUACCUAGAGAGCGCGGACGGUCUCAUUAGUGACCUGACUCUUCGCAAGCACCGGAAAGAGCUCACUCCACGCAAAUUCGAUGCAGACGGAAACGAAGUCGACCCAUACAAGGGUGGACCGAGUGCGAUAGACAAAGCCGUCCACAUCUUCUUUUUCACCGAGAUCAUCCGUGGCAUGUGGAUCGUUUUGGAGCAGUAUUUCCGUCCGCCAUACACUAUCAUGUACCCGUUUGAGAAGGGCCCGCUGUCACCUCGUUUCCGUGGGGAACAUGCCCUCCGCCGAUACCCCAGUGGGGAGGAAAGAUGCAUUGCCUGCAAACUGUGCGAAGCAAUCUGUCCGGCACAAGCAAUCACAAUAGAAAGCGAGGCCCGUCUGGAUGGUUCGCGUCGGACUACGAAAUAUGAUAUCGACAUGACCAAGUGUAUCUACUGUGGGUUCUGUCAAGAAGCAUGUCCUGUCGAUGCGAUUGUCGAAACACAAAAUCAAGAGUUCUCGACAGAGACGAGGGAGGAACUGCUUUACAACAAAGAGAAGCUACUUGCAAAUGGUGAUAGAGCUGAAGCAGAGAUUGCCGCUAACCUGCGCUCUGAUCAUGUCUACCGGUGA